AUGCUAAAAAUUCUAAUUCCAACACUCGUAAUAAUCCCAACCGCUUGACUGACUCCCAAUAAAUGACUAUGGCCUAGUGCCCUAUGCCAGAGCCUAAUCAUUGCACUUUUCAGCCUAUCAUGACUAAAAAAUACCGGCCAACCGGGCUGAAAUUUCAUUAAUAUGUCCAUAGCCACAGAUAAUCUGUCCACUCCCCUAUUAGUCCUCACAUGCUGACUUCUCCCACUAAUAAUUUUAGCUAGCCAAAACCAUACUUCCACCAACCCUAUAAACCAACAACGAAUAUACAUCAGUCUCUUAGUAUCCCUACAAUUUUUCCUUAUUUUAGCAUUUAGUGCUACAGAAUUAAUUAUAUUUUAUGUAAUAUUUGAGGCAACAUUGCUACCUACACUAGCCAUUAUCACACGAUGAGGUAACCAAAAAGAUCGAUUAAACGCCGGAUCCUACUUUCUAUUUUACACACUAGCCGGAUCCCUUCCCCUUCUUAUUGCUUUGCUAUAUCUACAAAGCUCAAUAGGCACACUCUCACUUAUUUCACUACAACUAACCCCAUCAUCUAACAUUUUUUCAUAUUCCAAUAAAUUAUGAUGAUUAGCAUGUCUACUGGCUUUCUUAGUUAAAAUACCUCUCUAUGGUGUACAUCUUUGGUUACCUAAAGCCCACGUAGAAGCCCCUGUUGCAGGCUCCAUAGUCCUUGCCGCUGUCCUACUUAAACUUGGUGGCUACGGUAUAAUACGAGUCCUCCCUCUAUUAAACCCCCUAACAUCCUCACUUAAUUACCCUUUUAUUAUCCUGGCAUUGUGGGGUGUAAUUAUAACAGCAUCAAUCUGCUUACGACAAACAGACCUUAAAUCACUGAUUGCAUAUUCAUCAGUCAGCCAUAUAGGCCUUGUUGCGGCAGGCAUUCUUACCCAAACAUCAUGCGGGUUUUCAGGCGCAAUAGCAUUAAUAAUCGCCCAUGGUUUAACAUCAUCAGCUCUUUUUUGCCUUGCUAAUACAAAUUAUGAACGAACACAUAGCCGCACUAUGAUUUUGGCCCGAGGCCUACAAGUAGUAUUGCCUUUAAUAACCACAUGAUGAUUCAUCGCCACACUAGCUAACUUUGCCCUCCCCCCUCUCCCCAACCUUAUGGGGGAACUACUAAUUAUAACUUGUUUAUUUGGCUGAUCCUCUUGAACCCUUAUUUUUACAGGACUUGGUACACUAAUUACAGCCGCUUAUUCUUUAUAUAUAUUUUUAAUAACCCAACGGGGACAAACUCCAGCACAUAUUAUUCUACCCGACCCAUCCUUUACUCGAGAACACCUUCUAAUAGCACUUCACCUAUUACCCCUACUCCUCCUCAUCCUAAACCCUGCCCUAAUCUUAUCUUAA